UAAGAUAUCAGUUAGUUGUCUACUUUGUUAUUGUUUUGUCCUUGUGGCGUCUAUUUUUUUUAUAAUUCACAAGUUCGUCAAGUUUUACGUUUUAAUUUGUAUUGAAAUCUGUAUAUAUGUACCAUUUUAGUAAGUCGUUUAAAUUUCAUAGAUAGAGAUCAAAGAGCAAACCAGAGAUAAGUGAAAAGUUCUCCAAACUCAUCCCCAAUGAACAUCAAAGAGGAAAGAAGAAAAUCAGAUAAUAAUCCUAGAGAUCCCAUAUCCCGAAUAUUUCAUUUAAGAAUCUUCAAUGAACCGGUGACGAUAAGGUUCUAUGAAUAUGCAGAUGGUCCACUAGCAUGCAAACUCGUAGUACACGAGCCUAUGAAUAUUCGAAAUGUCAUAAAAGCCAUUUCAAUGCAGGAAGGCAUCUUGGAUUACUAUAAAUAUGUCGUUACGGAAUAUUGGAAGGAUUAUGAUGCAGAACGCAUUCUAGAGGAACACGAGCUGAUCCUGAAUAUUAAACAUGAUCAGAUGAGGUCCGGAUAUAAUUUUAGUUUUCUAUUCAAGAAAGACUUCCAGAAGUAUAAAUAUUUGAACCGAAAAUCGGAGUAUUUCGUUAGUUACCAUGCAGCCGAAGGAAUUCUGAGUAAGAAUACAAAAGAUCCAGGGACUAUUCAGACUUUGGAACAGAAGCUUUACUCGAUAGAGAAGAUGACGCCUUAUAAGACUCGGUUGGUUAUUCCACCUUUAGAGGAUCCCUUCACUUCGAAAGACGAACUCUCAGAUCGACCAACAUUUAUAAGCAUGAAAGAGGAAGCAACUCAGCGAUCCAAAGAGAAAGGUUCUGAGUAUUUCGAGUCAAAGUUGUAUUCUAUUCACAUAUUCGAAGAUCAAUGCCAUAACUGCAACGUGAUUUAUUGCGGAACAGUUUACGUGGGACAACAACACUCUCAAACCGUCGUUGAAUUGAAAACUUUAGCGAAUAAACAAGAACCUAUGAACUGGGUAAAAAAAUAUUUAUUGUUGAGGGGACAAACACUGUAUUUCGUGGAGACUCAUGAGGAGAUGCUUCGACUUUAUUACAUGAAUUGGUCGGAGUUCGACAACUUGUUAAUACUUUCCAAGGUAAAGAAAGAGAUUGGCCCUCAGAAUAUCGGAUCAGUAGAGGACUAUGGGUUCUACAAAUUUAGGAAAGCCCGAACAUACUAUAAUUCCCCUUACCAGGGCUGCAUCUUGAUGAGACAAUACUACGAUGUUACGCAGCCCAUAAUUAAAAUGAUGAUAUGUCCAGAACCUAUAUCUAAAUGUGAAAUUGAUUUUCCCGAGUAUAACAGUAAAGGAUUGGAUUUAUGGUUGGCUGCUCUCAAACUUGCCAAGCAUGGCAAACGGAUCAUCGACGCAUACCGGUCGUACUUGGCUGAUCUUCACGAUUGCGAGGGAAAUUUUCAUAUGGCGGAUCGAGUUCCUAUGGACUUUACGCAAGGAUUUGGUAGGAUAGUGCACAACGAGGAAGAAAUUGCGGAUAUUCUAAAUGAACCCAAACAGAUGUGGGGUGGACAAAGGUUCGAACAUUACGAGACUUUUCCCAAGGAUACUUUAAGCCAUGGAAAGCAUCUUACUCAGAAAUAUUACCACGGAGAUAUAAGUCGACCCGAAACAGAAAAAAUGUUAUUAGCCACCAAAACUAAUGGCGCAUGGCUUUUACGGGACAGCCACGCCCGCACCAACUGCCUCACGAUAUCGUACCUCUACGAAAAUCGGGUUCAUCACAAAUACGUCGCUGCCGCCUCACACGUCGACCAAUCGUCGAAGAGACGAAUUUACGUCGUUACGCUCGAUCAGCAACUCGCUUUUUACGAUGUCCACAGUUUGAUCGAGUUCUACAGGUUGAAUAAGGGCAAGACCAUGUUGUGUGUGCUUGGCCAAAGUGUAAAGAAAGAAUCCCAACCAGACAGCACGCCGCCAAGAAACCUAGUAACCCUGUAUUCACCUGUUAAAACACGUGGAGAGCCAAUAAAUCUGACGAAAGCGGAAUUUUUGGACCAUAUGGUAUACAACCUCGCCGAUACCGAUAACAAAUCACCCAAAUCGGUGAAGAACUUCAUCACGAACACCUGGAAGUCCGCCUUCGGCCGUCCGAAAAAAUCGCGUACGGCCCCCACUUCACCAAACGCGGAACUGCUGAGCACUUUCAAAGUGAACCUGGAAUCCGAAGACAACUCCACCGUCUCCCAGAGCCUCGAAAUACCUUCGACGAGUGGCGUUUCCUCCUUGGGUACCACCACGACACCAGAUAGUCCACCACCAUCCACAUCACAACCUCAUUCUGCCCUUUUGCAUCACUCAGGUGAAUUUCCCAACACAGAUUCGCAUGGUUAAACUGCUUGCGUAUAAUUUUUUUUUUCUUUGCCAAAGUUGACGAUGAAGGGGCAUCCUAUAGAAUAUAGAUAAUAUCUUACAAAGUUUAAUUGAAAAAAUGGUUUUAUGAGUUAUGACUUAAUUAUUAUUACUGUAAUGUUAAAAGCAUAGUUUAUUUAAAUAUUAUAAAGUCAGUCCUGGAGGUUAAAGCGGGUGCGGGUUCGAGUUCUCAUGUUGGUUAAGACCAAAAUCUCGUUAAAUCUGCGGCAAAAUUGUGUGGCAUUUUUGGGUUUUAUAUAAAUGUGCGACUAAGAAAACAGUUUUGUAAAUUCGGUUUGAAAGUACAUAAGGUGGUGGUGCUGUAAAUUUAAAGAAUCUACGUUAAAAUUAUAUAGAAUCUUUUUUUUAUUUAAUUUGGGUUUGGUUUCUUGAAGAAGGAUAUUGGAAUAUUUUUUAUGGUUACAUAUCACACCAUUGGUUUAACAAAAUUUGUUUAUUGCUGCAGUAUAUCCCCAAUCUUGUAAUAAAUACUUUUAACUUGUUAUUAUAUUCCAACUAUAUGAAAAUGCAACUUGAAAGUUAUGACCCCUAGACUGACCAAUUGUUUUUUUUUCUGUAAUUUUCGUUGACGAAAAAUAUUCCGUAAAACAUAAAAAUUAGGAAUAUACUGAGUGAGGUGUCAAUUCAGCAUUCUGAAGAAUUUAUUCAACAGAAUUACAGCAGAACCUAAAGGAGUCUACAAUUUUUUUUCUCUUUUUUCCUUGAAAGGUCCAAGAAUUUUUUAGAUAACGAACAUUGAUUUAAACUUGAAAUGUGCAAAGUUUCAGAAUAUUUAGCUGGCCCUAAACAUUCAGAGUAUUUGCAGGAUAGAUAUACUGGUUUGACUAAAAAAUAUUACGAAAUUACUUAGAUACUCAAUACAGGAAGCUUAAAAGAAUUUAAAAAUUAGACAGUAAUUUUUUUCAAAUUGAAACCUUUUUUUUGUUCAGACUGUAUUCAUCCCCUCUUGGAUGAAGUCCUUCCAUGUCGCUCUAUUCAUGGACGCUUACAUAGUUAGAAUCGAUUAUUAUGGUUAGUCCCAAUUUGACGAAUGUCGCCCAGCUAGGUCCUAUUUUUCUAGAUAUUUCAGCCUUUUGAUUUUCUUUACCUAAAUGGAUUUCAUGUUCUAGGUGUAUGUAGCCUGGUACGUUGUUUAUUUCUCCUACGAUGUUUUCAGAACUCAUUACUUUUGUUUUUUCCAGAUUUAUUUAUAAGUCCGAUGCCCAAAGAUUCCCUUUGUAGUUCUUCUUUGAUGGUUCUAAGUUCUUCUGCUAAGCUAUGAUGACUAUAUCAUCUACAAAACACAGGUGGCUUAGAUAUAGUCAUUAGAUACAUCCACUUCACAGAAAUUUUAUAUAUCUGCUUGCUUUAUUCCUAUUGACUCGUAUUUUAUUUGUUGUUAUUUCUUCAUCUAUCCUGAUUUUAAUGGAAACAUUCCCGCAGAUAUAUUUGAUAAGGUUUGAAUAUCUAGAGUUAACUGAAGACCCUUCUAUAAUCUAUAACGGCCAAAUAUAAUGCCACAUUAUAUUCUGUGCUUUUUUCUGUCAAUUGUGUUGAAUCGUUUUCGAAAAGCAGCCUUUUCUACUGCUUUGUAAGGGUCAAACUUACUAGCAAGUCUGUUUAUUAUAAUUUUCGUGAGACACUUGUAUACGUGAGAUAGUAAAUUAAUAAGACGACAGUUUUCUAUGUUGUUGAUAUCAUCGUUUCUGCAUUUUGCCAUUUUUCUCGUAUUCUUUCCUCUUCUAUACAUCUGUACCGCAGUAUUCUUAUGCUCUCUACCAGUUCGUUUUAUCCUUAGUUAGUUUUUUAACUCACUCACGGUUAUGUCUUUACUUCUUCAGAUCUUAGUGUCUGUUUACGACUAUUUUUAAUUAAUUUUUGAUCCGCUUGUACUAAUAUUUAUUCUUAUAAAAGAUGGUGCAAAACUAGAAAAGAUACAACUUUCAACAAGAAAGCCAACCCAGACGGUUAUUAGAGAUAAUUAAGUUUGCCUUUGCAAAAACCCUAUUUUGUUGAUUAAGUUUAAAACAACUAUACACGACAUAUAUCGUCGCUGAUCUUACCAAGGGGCGAAAGCGCCAAUUUGUUAAUUUUACAGGAAAGCGUUUUAAAGAAAAUAGGUCCUAUGUGGAACACGAUUACUUUUUAAAAAGUUUAUUAAUUAUUUUACUGUCUAUGGGGUUACGUAGGUCAAUAUACAUGCUUACUAAAUAUAUGUGUAAAAUUUGAAUACCUAUAAGUUAUUUACAGCUAAAAUUGACCCAAAUGGACGUUCGCCCAUUGGUUAGAUUUUUUGAAUGUUAUAUUGGAUGUUCGCCUGUUCUAUUAUACUGAUAUUCAAAUUAAAUAAAACAUGUAACCGCUCUUUCAGGUAUUUGUUUAUUCGUUAUGAAAGGUAGAUUUAUGAAAAAUAUUGUUAAUACAACUUAACAGUAACAACUAGUUUCAGUAAAGCUAACGAACUAAAGAAUAGCAACUCCUAUACAUCAAAAAUUUAAUAAUAUUUUAAAAGUAAACAUACACAUUUUAACAGUAGAUAAUUACUAGAGGAUAACCACAAAAAAAUAAAUGAUAAUUUCUUUUAUUAAUUUAUAAAUAAAGAUUAUCGAAACAUACUAAAAUUAAAAGCAUUUGGCUGUUUAUUCAUGCGGAAGAUCUCUAAAAUAUUUUUGAAAUAUUGGAUCUUUUACAACCGGCGUAACGCCGAGAUAAGUGCAUAAACUAACGCGCGACGUUAGUUUAUGCACACUAAUAAGAAGUACAAUGAUCUUAUUAGUGUGCAUAAACUAAUAAGAUCAUUGUACUUAUCUCGAGAGAGUUUUAUCAAGUCUUUGUUUGAAAGAGGUAUAGGCUGAGUCAUGAUUUCAAGCGUAUUUCUUUUAAGGGUAAUACAAAGUAGUUUUUAGCAAGGUGACUGUUCUUUACUAAAAGUUGUGAAAUAUAAAUAUACUUUAGGCCUACAAUUUAAAAAAAUCGUCUUUUAAAUUCACCCUUUCAGUGCUUUAGAAUAGAAACUUUAUUUACUAUUUUUAGAAUUACUAUCACCCCAUGAUUUUUUUCCAAUGACACUCUAUAUUUGAGAGGAUAACUUUUCGCCACAAAUUUUUAACGCUCUUAAACCAUGGCUGCUUCUGAAAGUCGCAAUCUAACCCCUAUUAGCCAGAAGAUCAUCUUUUCCAUGACUUUGGCUACAGAAUGGCUUUGAUUUAUGAUAUAGGAAUAUCCCUUAUCCUUUGCCUACAGGACGAAUCAUCCAACAAUUUUUCAAUUUCAGGAUACUCUUCUCGAUAUUUUUCUGUUCUCUGGGUCAGCAAAACAAUUCUCGACAAAUGUACAUUGGAAAAAUAGUUGGCCUUACGUACUACUUAUGCAUAAAAAAUACUUACCGCCCGAUUUUUUCUUUGCGCUUUUUGAUAUAAUAAAUAUAUGGUUGAUGCACCAACUCCUUCAUUCUUACAAUAUUUCAGACGUAGUUUAAAGUGGUUAAAUCUGUCUAAGACAUUCGAAUUACCGCAUUAUUAUUUUUUUUAUUAUUUUUUGGAGGAUCGGCUUACCGAUGAUCUUCUAUAUUAUCUAAUGAGUUUAAACAAUAGAAGUCAAAGGCUCUAUUCACAAUUAUGCUUUUAAAAUAACUGCUAAACCUAGAGUAUCAGUCAUUGGUAUAAUGAUAGAACUUCAGGGCUUGGGUAUAUUCGAAGCUGUAUUUGUAAAUUUUUUUGUAUAAUUCAAAAUAUUUAAUUUUUUUCUAAUUGAAACUCAAAUUUGUCAUACUCGUUUAGCGAAGAAGAUAUUAUUUCGAUUUGCAAUGGCUUUGGUCAUAGUUGAUAUGAGUUUCUAAGCUUAAAAAGGUUGUUGUAUAUCCUAUAUGUAAUUGUGCACUUUUCUGUACAUAGGAUUAAAUUAGGUUGAGGUUUCAUAUUUUGUCUGAGAAAUAAAUGUAAUUAUGCUAUUAGUUAAUGAGUUUAAGGGCAAAAAUUGAGCUGUUUUAUUUCCACAGUUUUUCAUUGUGUUUUAUUUGAGGUUGUUUGAUUCAACAAUUUUGCUUUUAAAAGCUCAACCAUUAAUGAAAAAAUAUAAUUAAAGAUUGUACAAUAGCAGUACAUUAAUGACUUUUAGUUUCCUUGAACAAUAAUUUACCAUUAUGUUUCAUGAAUCCAGUACAAAAAAAUCAGUUUAUUUUGAAAUUUUCGAUUUAUUUUUUUUCGAUUUAAUUUCGAUUUAAUGUUUUCUAAAGGGUUUUAGCGACUUUUCUUACUGAAUAAAACGAAACCGAAUAAAUAAUGAAAAAAUUCCAAUCCAACAUUGCUACACCACAUACUAUGGCUUUUUAAAAACUGAUUUGUAUGCAUAUCAAUGAUAUACUAUUUAACUGUCAACGCUAGAUAAUGCACAAAAUGUAAUAACCCUGAGCAAAUCUCCAACCAUACCUUGAUUAUUAGGAUGAUUAAAAUUCAUUUUUUGGUCUGCUAAUUUAACAAUAAUAGUCCAAAAAAGACAUAUAAACCCAAAAAACAUGUCCAGUUGAUUUUGCUAAUGUGAUAUAAUUAUGUGAUACAAUAAUAUUUGUGAUUUCCUUCCUUUUGUAUCAGAAGUAAAUGGAUAAUUUUUAUAAGUGAGAACGAUGAGAACAGCCCCAUUAUAUAUAUUAAAGUUGCAUAUAAAACAACAAAUAAACCGCAGGCCGAUAAAUAAAAUUAAAAUUUUUAUAUAUAGACCCUAAAAUAGUUUUAUUGCAAAUAAUAAUUCGAAUAAUUGGCAAAAUAACUUUAUGAGUAUAUUUGUGUGUGUGUAUAUUAAUUUUAUUGUUGAAACUCUCAUUUUGUUAUUAAAUAUAAGGAUUCCCAAGGAAAUUACUGUAGAUAUAAUAUGUCUUGGAAUAAGUGUUUUAAAAUACAUGAAUUUAUUAUUUAAAAAAAAAUGACUGUUACGAAUAUUAUUUAUAUACCGGGUGCCUGAAAUUAAAUUGUAACUCUUUUAUUUAUUGAAUGUACAAGAUAACUUAAAUAUGCGUAAUUGAACAAUUGCACUUUUGAGAUACUGAAAUAUCUGUUUUUUAAUGGAACUUCAAACUUAAAUUUCGGACACCCUGUAUAUAUGUUUACGAUAGAAGUAGUUUUAGGAGAAUAGAUUUUUUUACGAUUUUUUUUUGUGAUCUGCCCUUUUGUCUUGUGUGUGUACACGCUGUGCUUCUGUCAGUAUUAAUUUAUCAUUUACAGGGUAAAUUACAAUUAAUAAUAAUAUUUUUAGAUUUUCGUUAUUUUUUUUAUGUAUUAUUUUGGUUUUGUUGACAAUUGAUGCAGAAUAUUGCUGUUAUUUAAUAGGGUCAGAUCAGAUGACGUCAAUAUGAGGCUAAUUUAUGGUGUAGUUGAAUUUAAAAGAUCUUUUUAAUUUUUUCGAAUAAUGUAACAAAAUUGUUUUUUCAAUAUAAUGUGCAUUUUGCAUGUGAAAAUUUAAGUCUUAGAAGCAAAAGUGAGAAACUUAAAUCGUAUUUUUUGGAGUUAAAAAAACUCGAAAAUUAUUAAUAGGAUAAACUUAUCGCCAAAAUGAUCGGUCAGACAAAGAUGGGUUUAUGAAUAUUUUAACUAAAAAUUUAUUUUAAUUUUCUAAAUACCGCCCUAGAUUUUUUUGAUUGAUUUUUAGUAUUCUUAGGACAAUAUCCAUUCUAAAAAAUAAGAAUAAUUAUAUCUACACCCAUCUCUCGCUCACACGUAAUUCCCUUCAUAAGUUUACCUUUGUCUAAUUUACUAUACUAUAGAAAGCACUAAUUAGGUUUUGUUUUAAAAAUAAAAAUACUACUACAUUUUUUUAAUUUUAAAAUUAAAUUUUAAGUGCCUUUUUUACAGUAUGACGAGUUUGACAGAGAAUAACGAAUAGACCCAAAAUGAAUGUAUCAGACAGAGAUGAGUAUUCUAAUUGUCUUUUUAUAUAGAAACAUCUUUUUUUUAAUAGUAUUUUGCUAGCGAAACGUCCUCUUUUAAAUUUGUUCCAAAAUAUGCAGAAAAAAUUUAAAAGAUUUUAUGAAAUUUUUUCGGGUAUAUCCGGAAAUUUUCAAAACACAUAAAAAGCUUCGAAAUUGAGCCAUAUAAAUUUCAAAAUGGUGCACUACUUCAACUUACAUAGAGAACAUUUACGGGGAACAACAUUUAUUUCGUAAUGGCACCAAAAACCGUCGUCGAAUUUCAUUUAAUCGUGAAUACGAUAGUUAAACCUUAUUAAAAUAAAAGCAUCAAGAAACUGCUUAAAUUGUCAAUUAUUUAAAAAUUUUCAAAAAAGAAAACAUAUGGUUUGGCAACAUAUAAACGUUAAGGAAACAAAAAAAAUAGAAACUGUCCCAAAAUUUCGCUCUUAAGUAAGUUAUGAUGUAAUUUCUUAUAGAAAAGGCUGUGGUUUGCUUUUUCGUUAUAUAAAGUGAUAAACGUACGUUAAUUUUGUAAUUUUUCGCGAGGUAUUUUUAAGAAGCGGGGGUAAAUAACUGUUAAGACAUUUUCCAAAUAAAAUAAGACUGGAUAGAUAUGGCAGAAACAAUAUCUAGAUAGGUAAUUUAACAUUUUAUGGAAUUUAUUCUCUCUUAUUUUGGCUUUUAACAUAUCUAUUUAAGUUGCUUUUAUAUGUCCACCCUGUUAUGUGUUUUCUAUAUAUGUAUAUCAGGUAUCAGGUAUUAUUGCAAUAAUUUCUUCACAUAUUUAUGUAACCGCCUGAUAUACUUGUAUAUGUGUUUGAUUAGAAACGUUCAGUAUAUAACGUAAAUCACUUUAAAAUUAAAAAUUAUUUACUCCAAAUAUUACCAAAAAAAGUAGCUGUGUCCAAAAGAUUAUCACAUCUCUAUUUAAUAAUAAAUCCGUAGGUUUAAGAGUACAUAUAAUAUGGUUAUACAUAAAGCAUGAUUUUAUUAUAUAAUAUACCGCGAUAUUUAACAUAUACAUAAUUGUAUUCUACGAUAGGCAAUCAGAAAAAUAGAAGCAAUACUUAAUAGUUUUUGGGAGGUUUUGUAUAGUGACCCAUAUUAUAUCACAUAAUUAAUAAGUAUCCCUUUUUACAACAUUUUAACGUAUUUUUUUAUUUUUUGGUUUUACUGUUAUAUAUUAUGCUAAUCCACUAUAUUUCUUCGUACAUGAACUAUUUAUAUACAAAAUAACUU